GAUAAGAACCAAAUUUUCUCUCUUUGAUAAGAACCAAAUUUUCUCUCUUUGAAUUUCCCAUACUUUGAUAGUUAUAAGCCAUGUCUCUCCUCAACCAUCUUCUUCACAUUGAUCUUUUCAAGAAUCCAAAUUCGAUCAUUGCGGAAUAUAUAUGGAUUGGAGGUUCUGGAGCAGAUUUAAGAAGCAAAGCAAGGACUUUGGAGGGACCCAUAUCCGACCCUGCAAAACUACCAAAGUGGAACUAUGAUGGAUCAAGCACAGGCCAAGCUACAGGCAAAGACAGUGAAAUUGUCAUCUAUCCCCAGGCAAUAUUCAGGGAUCCCUUCCGGAAGGGCAAAAAUGUGCUGGUGAUGUGCGAUGCCUACUCCCCUGCUGGAGAACCGAUACCAACAAACAAAAGAUGCAAGGCUGCUGAGAUUUUAAGUCACCCUGAGGUGGUUGCUGAAGCCCCAUGGUAUGGGAUCGAACAAGAGUACACUCUUCUGCAGAAGGAUGUCCACUGGCCUCUUGGAUGGCCAGUCGGUGGUUUCCCUAAACCACAGGGACCCUACUAUUGUGGAAUUGGAGCAGACAAGGCAUUUGGUAGGGAAAUCGUAGAUGCACAUUACAAGGCUUGCCUUUAUGCUGGAAUCAAUAUCAGUGGCAUCAAUGCUGAAGUUAUGCCUGGUCAAUGGGAAUUUCAAAUUGGACCUGUUGCUGGAAUUGCUGUAGCUGAUCAAGUAUGGGUUGCUCGUUACAUUCUUGAGAGGAUCACAGAACUAGCUGGAGUUGUUCUCUCGUUCGACCCAAAACCCAUCCCGGGUGAUUGGAACGGUGCAGGUGCACAUACCAACUUCAGCACCAAAUCAAUGCGAGAAGAUGGUGGGUUUGAUGUGAUCAUGAAGGCGAUAGAGAAAUUAGGUCUACGUCAUAAGGAGCACAUGUCAGCAUACGGAGAUGGCAAUGAAAGAAGGUUAACUGGCAAGCACGAGACGUCUAACAUGCACACUUUCUCAUGGGGUGUCUUGGACAGGGAAGCUUCUAUUCGUGUUGGUCGUGAUACAGAAAGGGAACGAAAAGGCUAUUUUGAGGAUAGAAGGCCAGCAUCUAAUAUGGAUCCAUAUGUUGUGACUUCCAUGAUUGCCGAGACUACCAUCCUUUGGAAGCCCUGAAAUACCGAAGAAGAUAACCAUUGAUGAGAAGUUUGAUGGCUGCUUUCUCUUAAUUCUAAGAGCUAUGAUAAUAAUGUGUUGUUACUAUUUUCUUACCUAUGUUGUGUUUGGAUUGAAAGCAUUUCAAACUGUUCUUCAAGACUUAAGUAUGUUAUUUAGACUUAAAUCAAGAUUAAAUAAACCCCUUUAAGUUUGGUU